CAACAGGAGAGGCCACAACAGUGAGAGGCCCGCUUACUGCAAAAAAGGAAAAACCAUGCAAAAUGUUUUACUUUGUUUCCAGCUUCCUUUGUUUAAUGUCUUAGGUGUGUGAUUCAUGCAUACUGUGUGUAGCAGCAGCCUGUUCACUGACCUGUAGCAUUCUAUUGCAUGAAUAUAUGACAAUAUAUUUAUCUAUUCAACCGUUGAUGGAUGCUUGGGUUGUACCCAGUUUGGAGCUAUCCAAAGCAGCUAUGAACAUCCUUGUGGAUAUAUUUGGUCCACAUGUGCAUGUUUUUCUGUUGGGUCAAGUGUAUGCAUAUGUUCAACUUUAGGAAAUAAUGCCCGUUUUUCAAGCACUUAUACUAAUUUACACUUUGACCAGCUAUAUAUGAGUUCUGGAUGCUCACCAACACACAACUUUGUCAGUCUGUGCUGGAUAACAAACCAUCCCCAAAUCUGAAACAGGAAUCAUUGUUUGUCACAAUUCUGUGGGUUCACAAUUCAUCUGGGCAGUUCCACUUGCUGUUGUAGGCUGGGGUCAUUCGUUUGGUUGCAUUUACCUGAGAGCUCAGCUGGAACUGGAAUAGCCGAGAUGGCUUCAUUCACACAUCUGGUGCUCUGACUGGGGUGGCUGAAAUAGUUGGGGGCUGGUUCAACCUCUGUCUUUCCAUGCGGUCUCACCUCACUCAGUAAUCUAGCCCGAGCUUAUUUACCCGGCAGCUAGAUCUCAAGAGUGCAGAAAGAGAAACUGCAAGUCUCAAAGCCCAGGACCAGAAGUCAUAUAUCAUCACUUCCAUAACAUCCUAUUGGUUAUAACAAGGCAGUGCUAGUGCAGAUUUGUGGGGAGGAAGGGCAAUAAGACUCCACUUCUUGAUGGGAGAACUGGAUGGGAGCAAUCAUUCCUGGCCAUAUGUACAGGCAGUAUACCACGUUGCUUCCUCUGGUCACAACAAUUCACAUGCUUUUCACAAGUAGAAUACAUUUACCCCAUCCCAAGACACCCAAAGUCUCAUCCAAUUAUGGUAUCAGUCUAGAAGUCCAGUCUCUCGUGAUCUGCAUCAGGCCCAAUUGCAAGUGAGGCUCCUUGUCUGUCGCUGCUCUUGAACUGGAGACCUGUGAGUUUAGCUGUCUCCCAGACACCUAGAUUACACUAGUGAAACACAAAAAGGGUAACCACAGCAGUCUUUCCUAUUCACAAAGGCAGGAAACAAGUCACAUGGCAGUUUCUGGUCCACAGCAAUUCUGAAAUUCAGCCAGACCAGUUGUCCUGAUGAUUCCUUGAUUAUGGUCCAGGUCUACUCCCUGGGAGUAAUCUCCUGAUCCAUUGAUCUCAGCUUCUCUUGGCUCUGCACUACUGACUCUUCGCUCUGUCCUCUGCGUCACCCAUCUUUCUCAAUAAGAAAUUAUCUGUGGUUGCAGUUGCAAAGCUUUCUCAGCCUGCUUCUUACCUGUAGAAAGUUGGAGGCUCAGAGACUAUUUCAGGCCUUCUCAGUCCCUUUUAUUUCAAGCUGGUCAUGCUUUCACCAGAACAAUCUUCUUGACAAUUUUGUGGGUUUUCUGUGUAUCUUAUUAUAAUCCAUUCUCUUCAACAAAGGCUGCAUCCACAAAUCCCUUUGAGAUAGGCCCCUGGCUGCCUUGGGAUAUGAAUCAGGGUGCUGUGGGACAAAGUCUCUAAGACUCUUAGAACUCUUUUAUUUUCUAAAUGAGAGGGUCUAUGAGACACACCACCUUAAACCUUUCAAAGACCUUAUCAAGGAGGUCUUUGAAAUGAAGCCAUUUAUUACUUUGAGACUUUUUGCUGGCUGGAGAUACUGUACUAGAUGUUCUUUAUUUCUGCUAGAUUCUGCUAAAAAACUAGAUUUUCAGGUCAGUUCAUGUCUCUCUUAUUGUAUCAUAUUCAGCUAAGAAGCCAGUCAGAACUUUCUAUAUCCUGCUUGGAAUCUCUUUAGCCGGGUCUGCACAUUCCUUGGUAGAUUUCCUAUUGUCCACAUUAAUGCAGGCAACAGUGUUACUAAACAUUCCACUGCUACAUAACACAGGUGAUCCUUUUUCUAGCCUUUCUUAGCAACUUCACUGUUCUUCUAGGCUCCACUGACAGUCUCCUCACCACCCUUCCAAUUUCCACUUGCUGCUCUUUUUCGACAUCAUUGCCAUAUGCUUUAAGUUAUGUUAUGGCAAUACUCUACUUCCAGGUAUGAAUUUUUUCUAUCAGUUUUUAUUGCUGAAUGACAAAAUGCUCCAAACUCUAGUGGCUUAAAACAAUCUUUUACUGUUAUGAUUCUGAGGAUCAGCUGGGCCCAACGGAAUGCAGUGGUUCUAUUCCAUGUGUUGCUGACUAGAAUCUUCCUUUCCUACUAUUCUGCAGUGCCACUAGUGUCAUAAAUCUAGUGAGAUAUAUUUGCGAGUCUGUUUCUGGACUCAACUGGUUUAUUUGUCUAUUCUUAUGCCAAUAUCUCAUGCUCUAUUUACACUAACUUUAUAGUAAAUAAGUCCUGAUACCAUGUAGAGUAAGUCUUAUUACUUUAUUCUUUUUAAAGUUGUCUUUGCUGUUCUUGACCCUUUGCAUUUUCAUACACAUUUCAUAAUUAGUUUGUCAAACACACACACACACACACACACACACACACACACACACGUGCACACAAACACCCCACCCCACUGCUGGGUUUUGAUUAAUAGAUUAAUUUGGUACAACUAAACAUCUAUAUAGACAUUACUGUUACUUAGAUCUUUAAAAAUUUCUCUUGAUAAAAUUUUUAGUAUUCUAUGUGGAACAUUUGUACCUCUGAUUUAAAUUGGAUUUUUAAAAGUUAUUAUAAAUGACAUACUGUUUUUUAAUAAAAAUUUGUUGUUAGUAUACAGAAAUACAGAUUUUUUUAUGUUGACCUUGUGUAUAGCAACCUUCCUAAACAUGCGUUAAAUCUGACAAUUUACCUGUAAAUUCUUCAGUAUUUUCUACAUAUAAUUAUGCCACUAAUAAAUAAUGACAGUUUUUUCCUUUUCAAUGAUUAUAAUUUAAUUUUCUUGCUUUAUUACAUUGGACAGAAUUCCAGAACAAUAUUGAAUAAAGAUGGUAGUGGCAAUUAUAAGGAAAGUUUCAACAUUUUACUAUUAAGUUUAAUGUUUGCUAGUUUCUUAUAAUAUGUCCUAAUUUGGAUUAGGAAGUUUCUUCUAGUUCUAGGUUGGUAAGUUUUUUUUGUUAUGAAUGGGAGUUGAAUCUUAUCAAAUGCACUUUUUGUAUCUACUGAGAUUUUCAUGAUUUUCUCCUUUGUUUUAUUAAUGAUGAGAAGUGCAUUGAUUUUGUAAUAUCAAAUCAAAUUUACAUUCCAACUUGCUGGUGAUAUAUUAACAUUUUUAAUACAUUGCUGGGUUUGGUGUUCUAAUAUUUUGACUAGGAUUUUUGGACCUAUGUUUAUGGUAAUAAACCUAUAAUAUUCCUCUCUUAUAAGGUUCUUGUUGGGUUUUGGUGUUAAGGUUAUGCUGACUUCAUAGAAGGACCUGGAAAUAAUUACCACUUUUUCUAUUCUCUGGAAUAAGUUUGUUAUUUCUUCCUUAAAUGUUUGGUAGAUACAAAUAUUGGUUCCAGGAGUAAGGUGCUGCCAUACCAACAUCAAUACAUUCCAAAUUAUGUGACAUUAACAUCCAGUCUGGCAGCAUGAAAUUGUUAUUGGAGACUUGGACAGUCAGCAAUCCAUGUUACCAAAAAAAUGUAUAAAAGUAUAGUCUAGAAUAGCUAAAAGGCAUAUUACAUACCUAAUGAGCUUGUACUUUAUACAAAGAGGUGGAAAAUGACUGUUAUUAGAAUGUGUUCAUUUCUACUGGCUGCAUUUGCCAAGGUACUACAAGAAUUAAAGGAGCUCAGAAAAUAUUUGGCUGGUUUGCAAGCAGGAAUGAAAAGGAAAUCAGAGACAACCAAAAAACUCAGGGUUUUGCAAGCUUGGAAGGUGCAGCUGAUUCACAUGUUCAACUAGUUAAGAAGCAACAGAGAAGUCCUUUGAGCAAAAAAGUCUGCUUAAAACUCUGCCUAGCGGCAAAGACCAAGUCAGGAAGAGUAUGGUUGUCACACCAUUGUUAGGAUCUCUGAAUGGAAUAAGGUGGUACCCAGCAAAUACCUUCACGCUGGGAAAAUAUCUCAAAGAGGGGAGACUUAGGGUUUGGCUCUUCCUAAGGAAAGUCUGAUAGGCUCAAACUACUUGCAAUUAAAUUGAGAGAGAGAGAGAGAGACAAGUCUCUAAACAAUUGUGGCACAUAGCACUGCCUGGAAUCAAAUAACUUGAGAUAGAUAUUGAGAAAGCCAUUUUGUCAAAGGAGUUACCUACACGGUAUAAAAGAGAAUGUGAUUGUUUGAGACUAAAAAUGAUAACUGGGUUCCAGCCUUCUACAGCAGGAUCUCAGAACUGCUACGGAUUAACUCUUUUAUAUAUCGUUCUUCUCCUUUACAAAUGGGAAUAUUUAUUGUAGUUAACCUUUUCCUGUUCUACCAUUAUAUAUAUUGUGUGUAGGAGCUGGUACCAGAUAGCUUCUCUUUUUAGUUCAGAGUUCUCUAGAUCAAGAGUAGGUAUAUCUGGGUCUGUAGAGGCUGUUAUGAAUCAUUUCUAUCUCCUGGGAUCUAAGCUCAAAAUACUGAUGAGAUCGAACUUUGGGGCUGUCUGCUUUAAGGCGUGGAUGAGUGUGUUCUGCAUGUAGGAAAGGAAGGGAACUGAUCCAAAGAGUGAACUGUGGUAGAUUGUAUUACUAUCUGUGCUCUUGUGUAAUCCUCUCCCCUGGAGUAUGGGCCAGACGUAGUGACUUGCUUUUACCUAAUAGAACAGAGCAAAAGUGAUGGGAUACCAAUUCUGAGGUUAGGUUACAAAGAGACUGUGGCUUCCCUCUUGUGUGCCCUCUCUUGCUUUUUCAUUUGCUUCCUCUGAUGGAAGCCAGCUGCCAUGUGAACUGCCCUAUGGAGAGGCCCAUCUGGCAAGGAAAGCAAAGGAUUCCUCCACCCAACAGUCCACGAGCAACUGAAUCCUGGUCACAGCCACAUGAAUGAGCUUCAGAUCCUUCAGAUGGGGCUGGAGUCCUGGCCAACACAAUGAUAGCAGCCUAUGGGAGAUUUUGAAGGAGAGGUACCUGGUAUGUACUGAAUUGUGUCCCCCCACCCCUAGAUCCGUAUGUUGAAGCCCCCACCCCCGAUGUGACUACAUUUGGAAGUGGAGCCUAUAAAGAAGUAAUAAAAGUUAAAUGAGGUUAUAGGGUUGGGGGCCUUAAUCCAAUAGGACUGGUAUCCUUAUAAGAAGAAGAAGAAGAGAUACCAGAGCACCUCCUGCACCCCACCCCGUGUGUGCUCAGAAUGAAGGCCUUGUGAGAACACAGCAGGAAGACUGCUGCCUGCACGAUAGGAAGUGAGGCCUCACCAGAAACAACAAUGCUGAUCUUGGACUUUCGGCCUCCAGAACUGUGAGAAAACAAAUUUCUGUUGUUCAGGCCGCCCAGUCUGUGGUGUUUUGUAAUGGCAGCCCUAGUAGACUAACAAUACUGUACCCUACUAGAUUGUGCCUGGAUUCCCGACCCUCAGGAACUUUGAGAUAAUAAGAAGAGUUUGUUGUUUUGAGCUGUUAAGUUUUAGGGUAAUUUGCUAUGCAGCAAUAAAUCAUUAAUAUAUUAGCCUAACUUUUUCUUCUAUAUCCUCUUUGACUUAUGUCCUCAAAAGCUAGGCACUGGGAUGGGGGUGGGGGCGCCCUCUUUGAGCCCUUCAGAUUCUUGCUUGCCAGAGAAAGAAAAAUUCAGUAUUCAUGGCUGAUAAAGAAUCAUUCCAAUUUCUGAGUCAUUUUGCCAGCAAAGUAAAAAACAGCUCUGGUUUGGAUUCACAUUUGGGUCCAGGUAGUUGAGGAGAGAAUAAUCGCAAUGAUUUAGAGUUCAUGAACUCUCUGUGUAUAUUUGUAUGGAUAUAUAUAUAUGAAUUGCUCUAAUUGUAUCUAUAUAAACAAAUAUAUGUAAAUGAAUUGCUGUAAUUCUAUUAUUCCUAUAUGGACAACAUUAAUAUACUGGAUGUUCUAGGUGUGGACGAAAAUAAUUUGCUGAGAUGUCAGCUGGGAAUUCUCCCAGGGAAAGCUUGGAAAUGGAGAGCUUCCACACAAGAUUCAGUGCCUGGACACCUUUUAGCAACAAGUCAUUAAAUUGACAGGAAAAUGUCAUUUUCUCUCCCUUAUCGCUCUUUCAGGAAAGAGUUGCUCUUAUAAGUCAUUGAUUUGACCUCUGGACUAACAAGCAACAUCAAGAAUUCUUAUUCACGAUUUUUUUAUGAUGCACUAAAUUACAAUUAAGGGUUGUCCAAGACUGGUUUUCAGAAAGGAUGCAAGUGGCCAAAGUGGAUUUUCUACCACGCUUCAUUUCUCUAUGUAUCUUCUCCUUUCCAAAAGAUUUGUGUGCAGCUGCACAAGUCAGCUGGCCCUGGAAAUUUUUAACUGAACAGGAUUGCUUAUGGAUGCCCAAAUGCAUGAAGUUUGGAUGGUUUCUGCCCUAUACACCAACAGAUAAUGAGUAUGGUGCUUGGAAACACCAUUACAGCUGUGUGUCCAACCUAGAUUGGCUAACCCCUAGGGAAGCCGCAGCUCUUUAUGGGACCCUGAAUGAACCCAAAACAGAAGAUGAGCAACUACAGGAGAGGCAAAGAGAAAAGUGCCUAAGGAAAAUAAUUUGGGAGAAAAUUGCACUACGUAAGAAGGAUUUGUUCAAAGUUCGACCCCCUUGGGUGAAUGGAACAUGCUGCUCUAGAUUGUUCGAAUCCAAAUGCCAACCACGUCUCUCCCAAACUGUGAGGGAUCGAGUGGGAUUACAGGACACUUUGGAGAAACAGCUUGUGUUUGCAUCUUUAGAAGCUUUGCCCAAGCGAAGCAAUGUUUUUGGAUGCCAUUCCUACCCUUUAUUAUCAAAGAAAAAUUGGCAUGGAGUUUAUAAAAAUGACAGCAGCUCUUCACAUGCUCUCCAGCCACACUUCAUGUUAAUAUCAUCUCGGAUUCCUGCAUAUGAGGUACAGCGUGUGUUAGGAGGCCAGUCCUUUUUUGAAUCGGGUCUUUUUUCAUCUCCCCUAGAGGACGUAUGGCAAUCUUUUGGUCACCAUGUGUACGAAAAUGAUUCAUCUUCUAAAAGAAAAGCAAGCAGAUAUGACAUUUUUAUCUUUCCCCCCUCAGGCUAUAAAAUUGGUAUUAAAAGUUUACUGAGGCCUGAAGUGAGAGACUUCUGGGAGAAAUUAGGAAGCUAUGUGGCCCCUGGAGAAGAAGGGGGCCACGUGGACCUCUUUGUACGACACGGAGCAUCAGAGGCAGGAACAGAAGUUCUUUCUCAGCUGUCUCAACUGACUGGCACGUUACUGACCGCCCCCACUGGGAUUGCCACCGUCUUGUACCAACACAUUCUUAGUGACUGGCUGGGACGGCAGUGGGAAAAGGUGCCCCCUUCCACCUACUUCAGCGAAUCAAAGCUGCAGACAUGGUCCAGCCUCACUGACUUCCUGGAAGACACCUUGAAAUCAGUAAGGCAACAGCUAAGUCCUCUCUUCAAGGAGUUGCAGAAGAACGUAAGUGGCAGGAUGACAGGGCAAUUUGUAUCUGACACCAUGAGUAUGGCUAACAUUCUGAAUAACCGAGAAAUUAUACAAGCUCUGGCAGAGGGACUGAUUGAACUUUCAAAAGAAAAUUCUGAAAGAAAUGUUAUAGAAGAUAAUCCUCAGGACACAAAAUCAAGUCUCGGCAAAAACGGUCCAAAUUUUGAGUUGCUGCUUGAGUUGGUAAGCCAAUUAUCACAUAAUAAGAAUUUUCUAUUUGUUUUGCUCCUGACCAAAAAAAAAAAAAAAGUUGUCACUAGCCAAUAUUUCAUGGCCACGCUUUCCUCAUAUUGCAGGUGGUUUCUAGAUGACUUGAGAGACAGACUACAGGAAUGGGGCCCAGCUCACUGCGUGGGAGAAAUAUUCAUAAAGUUUGGAAGCCAGUUGAACAUAUACACCAAUUUCUUCAACAAUUACCCUGUUAUUCUGAAAACUAUGGAGAAGAUUUGACAAUAUCAUGCUCACCUUUACUGCAGAGAAAUGAUACCAGCACUCCGAGCUUUCCUGAAGAGGCAUGAUAAGACCAUAGUUACAAAGAUGCUGAGCCUUCCAGAGCUGCUUUUGCACCCAUCCCGAAGGUCUGAAGAAUAUAUUCAUCUUCUCUACGCUCUGAGGCUUCACACUUCUGCAGAACAUGUUGACCACGGACGGGACUCGACCACUGCAAUUGAAGUAAUCAAGAAAUACAAAGGUUACAUAGAUCAGAUGAAGCAGAACAUCAAUAUGAAAGAUCAGCUGUCAGAUAGAAUCAUCUGUGGGUGCCCGACUCUAUCAGAAGUAAACAGAUAUCUGAUUAGGGUCCAAGAUGUAGCCCAACUUCACUGCUGUGAUGAGGAACUAAGUUUCUCUUUAAGGCUCUAUGAACAUACCUGUGAUCUCAGUCUUUUCCUCUUCAACGAUGCACUGCUUGUUUCUAGUGGGGGCACGUCUCAUACUCCGUUUGAAAGGACUUCAAAAUCAACCUACCAGUUCAUUGCAUCAGUGGCCCUUCACAGACUACUCAUAGAAGAUAUUCCAGAUUCCAAAUAUAUCAAGUAUGCAUUUAUUCUUCAAGGUCCAAAACAUGAAUGGAUUUGUGCUACAAAAGUUGAGGAUGAUAAAUUCCUGUGGUUGUCAGUACUCCAAAAUGCCAUCGAAAGUAGUAUGGAAAAGUGACACUGGACUUAAAACACUGGGAGUUCCAACCUGCCCUGGCAAAGACAGACAGCAUGUUAUUUUCUGUUCCAGAAGAUCCAGUAAGGAGUAGAAUGAUUAUUUGUCAUGGAUGAUGGGAGGAUGAAUUAGGAUGACCCAUAAAGCUCUUCCUGACUUUUAAACUUCAUCAUCUAUGCUCAAUUAUGUGAAAUGCACAGUAAGAAAAAUUUGAGUACGAUAUUUUGAACCACUUCUUUU